CGGGAAAAGGGCAUUCUCUGAUCUUUCUCAUAGAUAUUGCUUCAUUUGAGUUGCUGAGCAUCUACGGAGUCUACGUGUGUUCUGCCUUACAGCCAUCUUCCCCGAAUUUUCCACUAGCGGUGACUCAUCUCUAGUAUACCUUUUGUAUGCUGAUUUUCGGAAGCCAUCUACUACACGUGCCCCCCGGAUCUCAGUGAUUUGUCGUCGAAUAGCAUCCCUCUAUUUGAGUCCUGUCAUAGCUGCGAAGGAACCGAGGAGUCGGCCCGAAGAAGGCUAGAAAAUCUUACCCAGAGGCUCCAAACGAUGGAGACAAACGGCACUCCCAAGCACGCCACUACUCGGCCUUGGACGCCCUCCAGCUGGAAGACCAAGCCCAUCGUGCAGUCCGUCCAGUACAGCGACACCAAGUCCUUCAACGCCUCCGUUCAAAAGCUCAACACUCUCCCACCCCUGGUCACGCCGCAAGAGAUCGUGAAGCUGAAGAAUGAGCUCCGCGAAGUCGCGACGGGCAAUGCCUUCCUCCUCCAGGGCGGCGACUGCGCCGAACUGUUCGACUACUGCACCCAAGAGAUGAUCGAGGCCAAAGUCAAACUCCUCCUCCAGAUGUCUCUGGUUCUGAUCUACGGCGCCAAGAAGAAGGUCGUCCGCGUGGCCCGCAUGGCCGGUCAGUAUGCGAAACCGCGCUCGUCGCCCACCGAGAUGGUCAACGGGGUCUCGAUGCCCAGUUUCCGCGGCGACAUCCUGAACAGCUACGAGGCGGACCCGGCGUUGAGGGAGCCGGACCCCAGGAGACUGGUCGACGCGUACUUCCACUCUGCAGCGACCCAAAACUACCUGCGGGCGGCACUGGCGAGCGGCCUCGCCGAUCUACAUGCCCCCCUCGACUGGAGUUUAGGCCAUGUCCGCGAUCCCACCGUCCGGGACAAAUACCAGAUCAUCGUGGAGCGGAUCACGGACACUCUGGAGAUGAUGCGGACGAUCGGGCUGGACACAGGCGGCGGGUUGGAGACGGUCGACCUGUUCACCUCCCACGAAGGGUUACUGCUGGAGUACGAACAGUCACUGACUCGCAAAUUCAAACACCCCGCCAACCACCAGCACCACCAAACCGCCCUUCGCCCUUCACCCCCCGCAAGCAGCCACCAAAACCAAUCCAAGACCCGCAAAACGUCCCUGCCCACACAGCUUCCACCCCCGUUGCCCCCGACGAAGGGCUACUACGACACCUCGGCGCACAUGCUCUGGAUCGGCGACCGCACGCGCCAGCUCACACACUCGCACGUCGAGUUCUUCCGCGGCGUCGCCAACCCCAUCGGCGUCAAAGUCGGCCCCAGCAUGCCGGCCGCGGACCUGGUCCCGCUGCUCGACAUCCUCAAUCCCGAACACGAAGUCGGCAAGAUCGUCCUGAUCACGCGCUACGGCUGCGACAAGAUCGCCGCGCACCUCCCGGGCCACAUCCGCGCGGUGCAGCAGUCGCGACACCAGGGCACGGUGGUGUGGCAGUGCGACCCGAUGCACGGCAACGGCCGCAACGCCACGGUGACGCUUCCUGCGCCCAACAACACUCCAGCGACCGCAACAUCAUCGUCAUCACCACCACCCGCAGGACAAUCAGGCGGAGACGAACCCACCGCCCCAGCCACCACCACGAUCAAAACCCGCCGCUUCUCCGACAUCCUCAGCGAACUGCACCAGGCACUGCAGGUCCACCGUGCCCACGCCUCGUACCUGGGCGGCGUGCACCUGGAGCUGACGGGCGAGGCCGUGACCGAGUGCAUCGGCGGCGCCGAGGGCCUGACCGAGGAGCACCUCAGCCUCAACUACGCCACCUUCUGCGACCCGCGCCUGAACGAGAAGCAGGCCCUCGAGCUGGCCUUUCUCGUCGCGGGCUUCUACCGCGAUGCCGCGGCGUGAGGAGGGAGGGAUGUGGCCUCUGACGCACGAUGCACGAUGCUUGGCGUAUGGUUAAUGCUAUCUCGGUGGCCCAAAAAGCGAGAGAACUGGCGAAGAAUGUAAUGAAAGGAACGAGCAAAUCAACGAAUCGAAUCAAAACAAAUCAAUGAUCAAACUGCUUUGGCUCUUCAUAUUCAUGUUUCAUGUUCAUUCUCAAGUUCGGUCUCAAUCUCCAUCCCCAUCCACGGUCCAACCAGCCAAUUGAUCACCAACCACUAACACCCAUGAAUCAGUCCAACCCACAUUGUGUGCGUAACCAUAACGCCGAAGUCACAGAAUCGCCUUCCACUCACACGACACCUCCGUUUGCAAGACCCGAGUGACUUUCUAUACUUCAUUCCAUGCUUCCCACCAAAGAAUAACCACAUCAAACAGGUCCUCACCACCAGACAGCAGUCAAAAUGGCAUCACUCCUUUCUCAAGGGACUCCCAAAACGAGGUUGAAAGCCCAUUCCAGCAACACCAAGAGUCUUCCUCCUGGCAUCCAGCAACCCUUUGCCCGAUUUGCCUUGCAUCUUGACCUGGAAUUUCUUGCCGCCAUUUGCUAGUCCUUUCUCCGCAGCAGCGCUCUCAUCGUCGUCGUCUCGAUCGAAGAUGCUCUUGUUGAUCUGCUUUGGCGGAGCGCUCAUCUGCAC